AUGGAUUCAUCAUCAUCACCAUCGGUAAAUAUAGAUGAGGCGGAUGACUUAUUGGAUAUCAAUUUAAUUAUUCACAUGAAAUCGUUGAUUUCAUUGAUGAAACAAACUUUAUGUUCCGAAUGUAAUUGUUUAUGGGAUGGUUCACCAUCUAUCAAAACAAGAAAUGGAUUAUACAUGCAUGUAGAAUUUGUAUGUUCUAAUUGUGGAUGUAUUACUCAUUUAUAUUCAUCACCACAAGUCCGAGAUGGUAGACGUCGAGAAAUCAAUGCUCGAUUAGAACUUGGUGCUACACUAUGUGGCUUAGGUUACCAUGGGAUAAUAAAAUUAUUAGGUGCAUUGAAUCUACCACCACCAACACAACAACAGAAAUAUAGUGAAACACAAGAAGUUAUUUUAAAUUAUGUUGAAAAAUGUCAAGAACAAUCAAUGAUCGCUGCUGUUGAAGAAGCAAUUGCUGAAACUGGUGGUGCACGAGAGCUAACAGUUAGUGGAGAUGGUGCGUGGCUUACACGUGGUCAUACAAGUGUUCAUGGUGUUUCAGCUUUGUGUUCUACAACAAAACGUCCAAAAUUUUUAGAUACUACAUGGUCAUCUAAAAAAUGUAUUAAAUGCCAGGGUUCAUCGGGUGGAAUGGAAAAGGAAAUGAUUCAUGAAAUGUUCUGUCGUUCAUUAGCAAAAUAUAAUACAAGAUAUGUUUCGUAUGUUGGUGAUGGAGAUGCAAAAGUACACAAAUAUUUGGUCGACAAUCCUCCAUAUCCUGAUAUUGAUAUAAAAAAACUGGAAGAUACAAAUCAUUUUGCAAAAAGAAUGUUAAAUCGCAUAAUGAAAAUCAAACGAGAAAAUAAGAAUAAGAUUUUAUCUGAUGGCAAGAGAUUUAGUGGCAAAGGUCGUAUGACUGAUGGUCAUGUUAUUAAAUUCAAGAUAUAUUUUGCUAAAGCAAUACGUGAAAAUAAGACUGAUCUAAAUAAAUUAUAUCAAAGUUCAUGGGCCAUAUUCAAUCAUCAUUAUUCAACAAAUGAAGAACCAAUGCAUGACUGGUGCGAUCCCAAAUGGUGCAAGUACCUCCAAGCAGAGUCACUUGGUCAAAGCUUUUCUUGCUCCAAAAUAUCUAUUCCACGAGCCUGUUUAGAUAUGAUAAAACCGGUGUUUGAAGAGUUAUGUUCUCAUACUAGUUUAGCACGUGUUGUAGAUGGUGGAACUCAAAACGCUAACGAGGCCUACCACUCAUUAUUGUGGACUAUGAUCCCAAAACAUCGUUAUUGUUCAUCAAAAAUUCUUCGUACUGGAUUGGGAUUAUCUACAAUUAUUUUUAAUGAAGGGUAUGAAGCAUUGAAUAAAAUUUUUACAAGCAUAUUCUUAUCUAUGGGCUAUUACUCCACUCAAUGCCUUCGAAAACUUGAUGUUUUAAGAAGCUCUCGUACUUCAAAAACUAAGAACAAGCAUUUAAAACGUGCAAAAACAACAACAACAGUUGCUGCAAGUACUGCUUCAACUGAAAGUGAUGAAUUUCCAUAUACUCCGAAUGAAGAAAACUAUGAUUCCAUUGUAAAUGAUAUUACAUUAGAACUCAAUGAUAUUGCAUUAGAACUGUCAGAUGAUGACAUUACUGAUGUAUAUGAAGCAGGUGGUGAUGAUUGA